AUGGCUUCGGAUCUUGAAGAGAUCAAGAAUGAGACUGUCGAUCUUGAGAACAUUCCCAUCGAGGAAGUUUUCACGGCGUUGAAAUGUUCGAGAGAAGGGCUAACGAGCGAUGAAGGAAACAAGAGGCUCGAGAUCUUCGGGCCCAACAAGCUCGAGGAGAAAAAGGAGAGCAAGUUCCUCAAGUUCCUCGGAUUCAUGUGGAACCCUCUGUCGUGGGUCAUGGAAUCCGCCGCCAUCAUGGCCAUUGUCUUGGCCAACGGCGGGGGCAAGCCUCCCGACUGGCAAGACUUUGUCGGCAUAGUCGUGUUGCUCAUCAUCAACUCGACUAUCAGCUUCAUUGAGGAAAACAACGCUGGAAAUGCCGCGGCUGCCCUCAUGGCCGGCCUUGCCCCCAAGACCAAGGUUCUGAGAGACGGCAAGUGGAGCGAACAGGAGGCCUCGAUCUUAGUCCCGGGAGACUUGAUCAGCGUGAAGCUCGGUGACAUCAUCCCGGCCGAUGCUCGUCUCCUCGAGGGUGAUCCCCUGAAGAUCGACCAGUCGGCCCUAACGGGCGAGUCGCUACCCGUCACCAAGCACCCGGGCCAAGGCGUCUACUCGGGCUCCACAUGCAAGCAAGGUGAAAUCGAGGCUGUUGUUAUUGCCACCGGAGUCCACACCUUUUUCGGAAAAGCUGCCCAUCUUGUCGACAGCACCAACAAUAUCGGCCACUUCCAAAAGGUGUUGACCGCCAUCGGUAACUUCUGCAUAUGCUCGAUUGCGCUCGGCAUGUUGAUCGAGAUCUUGGUAAUGUACCCGAUUCAGAAGAGGAACUACAGACAAGGGAUCGACAACUUGCUCGUCUUGCUUAUUGGUGGUAUCCCUAUUGCCAUGCCCACGGUUCUUUCUGUGACCAUGGCCAUCGGGUCCCAUAGGCUCUCCCAACAAGGCGCCAUCACAAAGAGGAUGACCGCCAUUGAAGAGAUGGCCGGAAUGGACGUGCUUUGCAGCGACAAAACUGGAACUCUUACGCUCAACAAGCUAACGGUCGACAAGAGCUUGAUCGAAGUUUUCCCGAAGAACGUGGACAAGGAUAAUGUUGUCCUAAUUGCCGCCAGAGCUUCUAGAGUCGAGAACCAGGAUGCUAUUGAUGCUUCCAUCGUCAACAUGCUCGGUGAUCCACGGGAGGCGAGAGCGGGAAUAAAAGAGGUGCAUUUCCUACCAUUCAACCCGGUAGACAAGCGCACGGCAAUCACCUACAUCGAUAACGAUGGGAACUGGCAUAGGUGCAGCAAGGGUGCUCCCGAGCAGAUCAUCGAACUUUGCCUCCUCAAAGGUGAAGACUUGAAGAAAGCCCACGCUGUAAUCGACAACUUCGCCAACCGUGGCCUCCGUUCCCUCGGCAUUGCAAGACAGACCGUAAACGAGAGGACAAAGGAGAGCGCGGGUGAGCCAUGGGAAUUCGUGGGCUUGCUUCCACUUUUCGACCCGCCGAGGCACGAUAGUGCCGAGACCAUCCGUAAGGCCCUUGACCUUGGAGUAAAUGUGAAGAUGAUAACAGGCGACCAGCUGGCAAUCGGAAUUGAGACAGGCCGUAGGCUUGGAAUGGGGACCAAUAUGUACCCAUCCUCUGCCCUACUCGGCCAGAACAAAGACGAGUCCAUUGCUUCCAUCCCUGUCGACGAGCUCAUCGAGAAGGCCGAUGGAUUCGCCGGAGUUUUCCCAGAGCACAAAUACGAGAUAGUGAAGAAACUCCAAGAGAAGAAGCACAUUUGCGGCAUGACUGGCGAUGGUGUGAACGAUGCUCCGGCACUCAAAAAGGCCGACAUCGGAAUUGCGGUGGCCGACGCCACGGAUGCCGCAAGGAGCGCGUCUGACAUUGUCCUAACCGAGCCGGGAUUGAGUGUGAUCGUGAGCGCGGUACUGACCAGCCGAGCCAUCUUCCAGAGGAUGAAAAACUACACGAUUUACGCGGUCUCGAUCACGAUUCGUAUCGUGAUGGGUUUCUUGCUCAUUGCUCUCAUCUGGAAGUUCGACUUUUCGCCUUUCAUGGUCCUCAUAAUCGCAAUACUCAACGACGGUACCAUCAUGACCAUUUCAAAGGACAGGGUAAAGCCAUCUCCAGUGCCCGAUUCGUGGAAACUCAAGGAGAUUUUCGCAACUGGUGUCGUUCUUGGGACUUAUAUGGCACUCAUGACUGUCAUAUUCUUCUACCUUGCAGCCGAUACCGAUUUCUUCUCCACAACAUUUAAUGUGAAAUCGUUGAGGGAGAGCCCGGACGAGCUUACAGCUGCACUCUACCUUCAAGUGAGUAUUAUAAGCCAGGCUCUUAUCUUUGUGACGAGGUCGAGGAGCUGGUCGUUCGUUGAGCGCCCGGGUUUCUUGCUCAUGGGAGCUUUCUUGGUGGCCCAAUUGUUGGCCACGGUUAUUGCUGUGUAUGCAGACUGGGAAUUUGCAAGAAUCAGCGGCAUUGGGUGGGGAUGGGCCGGAGUUAUUUGGAUUUUCAGCAUUAUCACGUACUUCCCGCUCGAUGUACUCAAGUUCAUCAUCCGGUUUGCUUUAACAGGCAAAGCCUGGGACUCGAUGAUUCAGAACAAGACUGCUUUCACCACCAAGAAGGACUACGGAAGGGGCGAGAGGGAAGCACAGUGGGCCGUGGCUCAACGCACACUUCACGGGCUGUCGACAGGUGGCACUGAUAGCUCGGCUCUCUUGAACGACAAAAGCUACACGGAACUAUCUGAAAUAGCAGAGCAGGCGAAAAGGAGGGCUGAAGUUGCAAGGUAA